AAUGGCAACUUUGUUUCGCGAUAUUUUUCAUCAUCUAAAAUCAAAUAAUAUUUGUCUAAAAACUGCAAAACAAUUUCGCGAUCAACGAACAACAAAUUUAUUAACUCAUAAACAUUUAACAACACAAUUUAUACGAAGAACAAGUCUUUAUACUUCUUCGAAGGAUAAUAAUGCACUUCCAUUAAGUAGCUUUGAAUUUCCACCUUCAUUAGAACAACAGAAACAGGAACUUCCACCAAACAUACUCGAGGGGGAGAAAAAAAGUUCAAAUCCUCCUUUAAGUUUUCCAUGUAUAGAUCAAUUGACGACUCGUACUCGAUCUUUAGAUGGAGGCCCUGAACCAGCUUAUGACAAAAUUGUUUCUGGAUAUUCUCUUUUCCAUCAUAACGAACCGUUCUUGUGUGAUUAUGGCGGUGUCUUACCCGAACUUGGCAUUGCAUAUGAAACAUGGGGAGAAUUAAACGAAAAAAAAGACAAUGCAAUUUUAAUUCAAACUGGAUUAUCUGGAAGCAGCCACGCUAAAAGUCAUGAAAAAAAUGUUCAGCCUGGGUGGUGGGAGAAUUUUAUAGGACCUGGACUCUCGAUCGACACGAAUAAAUAUUUUGUUAUAUGUACCAAUGUGAUUGGUGGAUGCUAUGGAUCGACAGGUCCAUCAUCUAUCGACCCGUCUGAUGGUGAAAAAUACGCAACAAGAUUUCCUAUUUUGACUAUUUUUGAUAUGGUCCGAGCUCAAUUUUUAUUAUUAGAUCAUCUAGGAAUUAAUAAAUUACAUGCAAGUGUUGGUUCUAGUAUGGGAGGAAUGCAAUCUUUAGCUUCUGCUUGGUUAUAUCCCGAUCGUGUAUCUCGCUUGAUUAGUAUUUCCGCAUGUGCACGAUCACACCCAUAUUCUAUUGCUUUAAGACAUACACAAAGACAAGUUUUAAUGGCAGAUCCGAAUUGGAAUAAAGGUUUCUAUUAUAAUUCUAUACCACCACACGUUGGAAUGAAAUUGGCACGUGAAAUUGCCACUAUCAGUUAUCGAUCUGGACCAGAAUGGGAACAACGCUUUGGAAGAAAGCGACAAUUCGAAGAGCAAUCUCCAGCAUUAUGCCCUGAUUUCCUAAUAGAAACAUAUUUAGACCAUCAGGGAGAGAGAUUUUGUUUGCAAUAUGAUCCAAAUUCAUUACUUUACAUAUCGAAAGCAAUGGAUAUAUUUGACAUGUCAGGUUCCGUACUAGAAAAAUUGAAACGCCUACGUUCUGCAAAUACAAAGAAAUUGUUUAAUGCAAGAUCACAUAAUGAUGCACAUCAUGUUAUAUGUGAUACGUCAUCAUCACUGUCAAAAGAAUCUUUCACAAAAUCUUCUCUAAAAUCAACAAGUGAGAGAAAGCAUAUUUCAUCAUUAGCAUCAAAUGUAAAUAAGAAUGAAUUGGAAGAUUUAGUACAAGGGUUAUCAAUUAUAAAACAUCCUUCAUUAAUAUUGGGUGUACAAUCUGAUAUCUUAUUUCCUUGCUGGCAACAAAAAGAAAUUGCUGAAUGUUUGAGAAUGGGUGGAAAUGAAGAUGUUACUUAUUAUGAAUUAGAUUCAAUGUAUGGUCAUGAUACUUUUUUGAUUGAUUUAACUAAUGUUGGUAGUGCUGUUAAAGGUCAUUUGGAAUUUGGUGGUUAACAAAAAACUUUAUUUAUUGUUGCUUUCUUUUCU